AUGACUACUGCUUCAGAGAUCCGUCUCUGUGUCAGAGACCCGUCUCUGUGUGCUGAGCGCAUAACAGAACCAACCUUACCUACCAUACCCACGCCCCUCAAACAUCUGACACACCCCGACAUCCUCCGCAUCGCCUCCUCUGCGGUUGGCGAGGCCCCACAGCUGCACCUGAUCCUACCUGGCUUCCCCCGCGCUGCCCUCGAUACCCCGCCGUCUGUCACCGAUACCUUAGCAGUGUGGUUGCUCUCCGCCAGAUAUUGUUCGGGAACGCUGCCCUUACGCCCUCCCCCUCGUCCUCCUCGUCCUCGUCGUCGCCAGUGUCCCAGACGACCCUGUCCCCCGCACACCCUUCACGAUGCCGCCCUCACCACGCCCGUACCGGACAUCCUCCUGCCGCCCGCGCUACACCCUCUCCUUCUCUCCACAAUCCCCAAGUGUGCCGGGUGCUCGGAAGCCAUCCUGGACCGGUUUAUCCUCAAGGUGCUGGAGAGAACGUGGCAUUCCCGCUGCCUCAAGUGUGCAGACUGCGGCGCCCAGCUCACAGACAAAUGCUUCGCCAGAAAUCAACAGGUCUACUGCAAAGAAGACUUCUUCAGACGGUACGGAACCAAAUGCUCAGGCUGCGAACAGGGUAUUCCCCCGACGCAAGUAGUACGCCGUGCCCAAGACAACGUGUACCACCUGCACUGCUUCGCCUGCAUCAUCUGCCAGCGCCAGCUCAAUACAGGCGACGAGUUUUACCUGAUGGAGGACAACAAGCUAGUGUGUAAAACCGACUACGAGCAGGCGAAGCAAAGAGAGGACGACCUCAGCGGCAAGCGGCCGCGCACCACCAUCACCGCCCGCCAGCUAGAGAAGCUGAAGGCGGCGUACAGCAAGUGCGCCAAACCGCCCCGGCACGUCCGCGAGCAGCUUGCCGCCGAUACCGGCCUCGACAUGAGGGUCGUGCAAGUCUGGUUUCAGAACAGGCGCGCCAAAGAGAAGCGGCUGAAGAAAGACGCAGGCCGCACUCGCUGGGGACAAUACUUCCGCAGCAUGAAGGCAGGCGUGAGGGGAGACAAGAGGAGAGGUGGCGACGACGAUAAGAGCGACGCUGACAUGGAUCCUGACUCCCAUGAUGACAUGAUCCUGGACAUGUCAGAAGGAUACAGGACCCCCGGGCCCCCCCUGGACCUGGAGCCGGGACAGACAUCCAUGAGCCCCCACCUGGGACCGCCGCACCCCGGGCCGCCCCACCAUCCCUUCCUCCAUGGUGCCGGCACGCCUCCCUACAUGGCAGGCGGUGGACACUCCCCUUCCGGGCCCGUGCCACCCCACCAUCUGGCAGCAGCCUUCCCCUACUCCGAGCCCCUCCCGCCCUACCAGACGCCCAUGGUCAAUCGCCAGUGCGAAGACUCAAGGGGACUGCCUGGCCUGGUGAUCCUUCAUGCAGCGGCAGCUGCAGCAGCAGCUUCUGCAGCAGCAGCAGCAAGUGGUGGCGUGAGUGCACUGACGGGCGGGCCUGCCAGUGAUCUCAGCUCUAAUGGCUCCAACCCCAGCUACCCUGAGUUUCCUCCCUCCCCGGACUCCUGGCUGGGUGACAUGCAGCAGGACCACCAUCCUCAGUACUAGCCAGUCCUACCCACUAAAUGUUACCCCCACUGCUGGCUGGUCCCUCCCACCACCAACUAUGGCCACCCAGAAAACAGCACUCACCAUCCACAGUGCUAGAGGCUCCUGCCUGCCACCCUGACAACCAAAGUUUACAUCUUUUGCCCUCCAUCGACAGCAGGACAAGAGGCUAAACCUUGUUCCCUGUGGCUCUACCUCCAUCCAGCAACUCGCCCAGCCCACUGCUUUAAGAGCUUCAGUCCCUAUCCUUUUCUUACAACACUCCUAUCUUCUAUCUGUUAGCCACUGUUGCAGCUGGUUACUUGUUUUUUCCUCCCUCCAAAAAUAGCUUCUGCAUGAGUGCUAGCAAAACCAGCUGCUCCCCCUCACUGCAGCCCAUUUCACCUCCCUGUCACCUCCAGAACUGUCUGCCACACAUGCAUGCACCAACAGGGUCCAAAGACUGGAAGCCAAAGAAUUUAUAAAUCUAGUCAAAACACUGUGCAUUAUCUAUUGUAGAUAUGCCACAUGAACAAAGUCAUUCAUAAAAUUGAAGCAUAUGAGACAAAUAUGAUUGUUCUGUGGUGGAUAAUACUCCUUGUGGGAGAUGACAAGUUUUCUGUAAAGGGGUUUAUGUAAUACUUUUCUUUUAAAAUAUAAGAGGGAGCUGAAACUUGUUGAUGGUGAUGGACAGGUAAGAUGGAAUGUGGCAGGAGUGAGGCCAGCAUGCCAGUCACUACAACAAUGAGCACCUGACCUGCAGUGGAGAGUGGAUGAGGAGCGUUAACAAAAGAGAAAGAAUCAAAGUCCUCAAGCCUCAUGCUGAGCUGGGGAGUGUAUAUAUAUGUAUCAUGAGCUAAGCCUAAUGGCCCUGUAUGACACCUUCACUCAUUUGCAAGAUCCCAGUCACAGAAAAGUAAAUAAAUGAAGUACUGGAAAGCCCCCAAAGUUCACAAACUGAAGGGACUUGCAUGGGUCAAAACUAUACCAGGUGUUAUGGGGGAGAGAUUUUAUAUAGACUGAACUCGUGUCUGUCCUCUCACCAAAAGUUUUAAUGUAUAUAUAUGAAGUGAGUUGCCUCUUUCUGGAAGAGUACAGGAAUUCUGCCACAUUUAUUAAAUAGAUUUGUAUAUAGUGAAGAUGCAGUGUGUGUGUGUGUGCAUGUGUGUGUGUGUGUGUAUGUGUGUGUGUGUGUGUGUGUGUGUGUGUGUGUGUGUGUGUGUGUGUGUGUGUGUGUGUGUGUGUGUGUGUGUGUGUGUCACAAACUCAGUAUGAUCAUUCCCUGUUCUACUGUUUUGUAGUAAAACCAAAGAAUCAUUAUGAUUAGCAAAACCUAUGUAUGAUUUUGAUGUUGAGAUUGAUCAACCUUUCACCUCUGACUUUCUACUACACAGUAAUUCCUUGAGUGAAACAUUUUGUUACUCAUCACACAGCCAUCAAUUACUCAUUACAUUACAUACACAUCAACCACUCCUAGCACCCCUCAGAUGCAGGUUUAGUGCUGCUAUCCUGUUCAGAUACCAGCAGCCUCAUGCAAUAUACAAAAUAGUACAGUAAUCUCUCUCUCUCUCUCUCUCUCUCUCUCUCUCUCUCUCUCUCUCUCUCUCUCUCUCUCUCUCUCUCUCUCUCUCUCUCUCUCUCUCUCUCUCUCUCUC